AUGGCCUUCGCCCUCCACAGGUUGACUAGCUGCCGCGGUGCCGCCAGGCAGAUUGCUGCUACUAGCCUCCGCCCGACGAUGACGAAGAUAGUAGCUCGCUCCUUCUCGACAACAUAUCUUCGAAAGUAUGCGGCCAUACCCGAGGCUGCUCCUACGCGACUGGUGCCCGUCAGCGACGACUUCUCCACCCCGGAUGACCUGUACAGCACCGUAGGCUCGGGGUCGGCAGGCCCGAAAAAGUCGCGCGAGAACUCGGUCGAAGACCGCAAGGUCAGGCAUUACACCGUCAACUUCGGGCCGCAGCACCCGGCUGCCCAUGGUGUGCUUCGUCUGAUUCUUGAGAUCAAUGGCGAGGAGAUUGUCCGCGCCGACCCCCAUGUCGGCCUACUCCACCGUGGCACCGAGAAGUUGAUCGAGUACAAGACCUACCUCCAGGCCCUCCCUUACUUUGACCGUCUCGACUAUGUCUCCAUGAUGACCAACGAGCAGUGCUUCUCUCUCGCUGUCGAAAAGCUACUCAACAUCGAGAUUCCCGAGCGUGCAAAGUGGAUCCGCACCAUGUUCGGCGAGAUCACCCGUAUCCUCAACCACCUCAUGUCCGUCCUUUCCCACGCCAUGGACGUCGGUGCCCUGACUCCUUUCCUUUGGGGUUUCGAGGAGCGAGAAAAGCUUAUGGAAUUUUACGAGCGUGUCUCUGGUGCCCGUCUGCACGCGGCCUACGUGCGUCCUGGCGGCGUUGCUCAGGAUAUUCCACUAGGCCUUCUUGACGACAUUUACCAGUGGGCCACGCAGUUUGGAGACCGUCUUGACGAGACCGAGGAGAUGCUGACGGACAACCGCAUCUGGGUAGAGCGUCUGAGGGGAGUGGGCGUCGUUUCCGCCGCUGACGCUCUCAACCUGUCCUUCACCGGCCCCAUGCUCCGCGGUUCCGGUGUCCCCUUCGAUGUCCGCAAAUCUCAGCCUUACGAUGCCUACGACCAGGUCGAGUUCGACGUCCCCGUAGGCUCUCACGGUGAUUGUUACGACCGCUACCUCUGCCGCAUGGAGGAGUUCCGUCAGUCCCUGCGCAUCAUCCACCAGUGCCUCAACAAGAUGCCCGCCGGCCCUAUCAAGGUCGAGGAUUACAAGAUCUCCCCUCCUCCACGCGCUGCCAUGAAGGAGAACAUGGAGUCCCUUAUCCACCACUUCCUCCUCUUCACCAAGGGCUACGCUGUGCCCCCCGGCGACACCUACUCCGCCAUUGAGGCCCCCAAGGGUGAGAUGGGUGUCUACAUCGUUAGCGACGGCUCCGAGCGCCCCUACAGGUGCCAUAUCCGUGCCCCCGGUUUUGCCCAUCUCGGCGGUUUCGACCAUGUCUCCAAGGGCCAUCUUCUGGCCGAUGCUGUUGCCGUCAUCGGCACGAUGGAUCUGGUGUUUGGUAAGUCACUCCCCUCUUCCCUCUGA